AUAAGUGAAAACAUUUACAAUGUGAAUAAAAGUAAUAAAUCCGGUAAUUAAAUUAACAAAAUAAAAAAUACAUCAUAGAAGUUACACAAAUAUCAAUUUAAAUCACUAAACUUUAUUAAGAAUAUCUAACAAAUGGUACAAACAUGGUGCAAUUGAACAAUUUUCAUAAUUAAUAAAAAAUACAUUAUUAAAAUAUCAAAAUAUGGAAAAAAACAAAAGAGAAAAGCACUCGAAAGCUUUUUCGACCCUGCGAAAUCCUGUGACAGUUAUAAAGAAAAGAUCGGGACCCUUGGACGACGCGCUCGAAAAGAUAUACACGGAAGAUGCAGGAAGACUAGCCCCCCCUUCGUCAUUAUCCUUUGCCCACAACUCAUCAUAUAUUGGAAACAAACUACGUCGCUGUAGCACUAAAGAGAAGAAAAGGGAACGCUGGCUCCUAACGCGAAAAACAUGGCGUUACAUGACAGACGCCGGUCGUAAGCUCAUUUCUGAAGAUAGUCCCAAUAACAUUGCCCAAAUCGAGGCACAUUUUCAGCGUGUAUGUGCUUCUGAACCAAGAUUUCUGCACUGGCGACGAAAAGGUUCAUACCCGGGUGCCACACUUAGUUCGAAACGCCGUUCAAAACUAUUAUCGCGUCAUUCAAGUCAUCAAAGAUAUAUCAAUAAUGAAGAUCGUAUUAUUGAAUUAUUGCAAACAUAUCUCAAGCUACGUGAUGCAUAUAAUAAAACAACAACGUUGCUCGGUACUAAAACGAUACGACCUGAUCAAACAUCGUCUCCUUCUUCCCAGAGACCACAAAUCUCAACUUCUAAGAAUAAUAUUCUACAUGAACCACCAUGUUCGGACUUGCACACGGAACUCCUCAACCGUCUAAAACUGUUAUCGGAAAGCAUUAUAUUUGGACAAGACGAGUGCAUACAAUUGAACCUGGGUGAUAUAUCACCUAAAAUUCUGGACGAUAAAACUUUAUUAAAGAAAGUCUAUAGUACAUUAAAAAAGAAUCAGCUACAUCGGGUCUUACAUUCCAUGGAACCUUCAAAAUCAAUCAAUCAUAUAAAACACAAUAAUAGAAGCUACAGUGUUUCAUCACUGUCUAGAAAUCCCAAUAUGACAAAUUUAGAUAACACUAUGAAAUCGUAUAAUCACAGCUCUCUCUCUCACAAUAUAACGUCCCUAAAGAAUCCCAAAAAUAUUGAAGAAUAUGAUACUAGUACAAAUAUACUAAUAUCCCAAAAGAAUGCCAAUCCUAUAAAUCUGCAACAAUGUGAUAUUAGUAAGAAUGUACCAUAUGUACCUAGGCCCGAUUGUCUUCAUUUGGAUCUUAAGAAUAGUCUGGGAUUUUCACAAAAAAUAAAGAGCGUUGUAGCAUUAGCUUCUUCAGGAACCCAAACGAAUUUUAUUCAAUUAAGUGAAUUAAAACGCUUGGCGGAAGAGUGCAAGUCUUUAUUUCUUCAGUACUCUUCAGAGGAGAAGGACACACAGAAUUGCCGUAAAACUUCAAUCGAUAACGAAGAUAUAUCACAAUCCGUAAGCGAUACAAUUAAACGUUAUUUAAAAAUGGCCAGAAAAAAAAGUGUUCACGAUACCGAUACAGAUAAUAAAUUUCGAUCUAUUAAUUAUGAUUCAACAUUAAGAAACAUCAAGGCAAAAGGUGAAAUAAAUCCGCCGGGAUUGGAUGAUGGCUUAAAUAAAGCCACUCAAACCUUAGAUGCUUGGCCUCUAAUUGCGUUGGAUUUUAUACGGGGCAACGACAGUUCCAUAAAUCUACAAAAUGCCCAUAUUCAAUGGAUGAAGACUGAGAAUGAGAGACGAGAAAAGGUGAUGGAAUGGGAAAAGAGUCAAAAAUUAAGUGGAUCCGUGUCAGACACCACCUCUGCUCCCACAUCCCCAUCCAGCCCUUCGAGGCAAUUUCAAGAUAAAUUGUUGAGACCUUCUCCAAGCGGAUUGUUAUAUUCUAGCUCUCACUUUCUUUCAAAUAUUUGGCAUGGGCAUGGGCACUCUAAUAAUAUUACAGGAGCUUCGAUAAAUACAGUAAAAGAAAAAUUUUUAAAUAUAAAUAAACGAAAUGCAACAACAUCAAAUAUGCAAAAAUCGAAGUCAUUGUCGAAUGUUGGACAAUUUGUAACUACAAAACUAUUGCGCAGCCGUUCAAAAAGUCAAAAUACACACAAUGUUCAGGAAGACUUUGUACCCAUUCAUUCUUUAAAAUGGUAUCCUGCGGAAAAUUUUCUAUGGAUUGCCGAAAAUGGCGAAAGGUUUCAAAUUGAAGAUGUGUUAUUAAUAAAGUUAUCGAAAUUCGAAAUGGAUUUUCUAAAUGAAAUUAUUUUAGAAAAAAUAAAAGAAUUAAAUAUUGGAAAUAUUACAGAACCGCGGGAUAAUGCCGCCACGCUGGACGCCGUAGAUCGAGCCGUCGACCGCUCCUUCCGGCUAAUCGAGCGAAAAGUGGAGGCCCUGGAUCAGUCGUUCAACCUUAAGCUGGAGCAAAAGUUCGAGCAGAUGUGGGCGACUUUCGAGAGGACUAUGCUGGGCGACCCCUCCGGAAACAACGGAGCGCAGCCCGCGCGCAGUCGCGACUGCGUGACACAAGCUGGGGGCGACUUGCAUUCCGCCAGCACCCCGCGCUUCGCGGAGGCAGCUAACUCCGACUAUGCACCGGCGCUGCAAAUGUAUUCCCGGAGGAUGGACACUGGACCUGGGGCAGCGCCAACUACUGCGCCGCCACCAGCGUGCGACCUAACCUCACAUUGGGGAAUUCUUGAGGUGUCGGACGCGGAACUGCCGCCCACCUUCGACGGCACCCGUCCCUGGCCGGAGUUUCAGCGUCUCCUGGACGACAUGGCCGAGGAGUACCAUUGGUCAGAAAGGAAGAAGUGCAGGAAAUAG